GGUUUCCCGAGGCUGCGGGCAGGGGCCGCCGCGCCCAUCCCGAUGGCUGGAGGCGUCUGAGGGGCGGACGGAGGCGGCGGCGGAGCGGGAGCGGGAGCGGGAGCGGGAGCGGGCGCGGGCGCGGGAGUGGAGCAGCCGCCGCGGGACCGGACCGAGCCUCGCCGGCGCACCUGCCCGCAGCGCCCGCGGAGCGGCCCGAGCGCGACCACCUCCAGAGCGGCGGCCGAAGCGGCUGAGGCGGCGGGGCGCGGGCGAGACCGGCGGGACGAGGCGCCGAGAUCUCCGUUUCCUUGAGGUGGCACUGAAGAGCACUGGCACCCGAAGAUGAGUGAACUUGACCAGCUGCGGCAGGAGGCCGAGCAGCUUAAAAACCAAAUUAGGGAUGCUAGAAAAGCGUGUGCGGAUGCGACUCUGUCUCAGAUCACAAACAACAUCGACCCAGUGGGAAGAAUCCAGAUGCGCACCAGGAGAACGCUGAGGGGGCACUUGGCCAAAAUUUAUGCCAUGCAUUGGGGCACGGAUUCCAGGCUUCUAGUCAGUGCCUCACAGGACGGCAAACUGAUCAUCUGGGAUAGCUACACCACGAACAAGGUCCAUGCCAUCCCUCUGCGCUCCUCAUGGGUCAUGACCUGUGCAUAUGCCCCUUCUGGGAACUAUGUGGCCUGCGGUGGCCUGGACAACAUUUGCUCCAUUUACAAUCUGAAAACUCGUGAAGGGAAUGUACGUGUGAGCCGUGAACUGGCCGGACAUACAGGUUACCUGUCCUGCUGCCGCUUCCUGGAUGACAAUCAGAUCGUCACCAGCUCUGGGGACACCACCUGCGCUCUGUGGGACAUCGAGACCGGCCAGCAGACGACCACGUUCACUGGACACACUGGGGAUGUUAUGAGCCUUUCCCUCGCUCCUGACACCAGACUGUUUGUCUCUGGUGCUUGUGACGCUUCAGCCAAACUCUGGGAUGUGCGAGAAGGGAUGUGCCGGCAAACUUUCACCGGCCACGAGUCCGACAUCAAUGCCAUCUGUUUCUUUCCAAACGGCAACGCCUUUGCCACCGGCUCGGAUGACGCCACCUGUAGGCUGUUCGACCUCCGCGCGGACCAGGAGCUCAUGACCUACUCCCACGACAACAUCAUCUGCGGGAUCACCUCCGUGUCUUUCUCCAAGAGCGGCCGCCUCCUCCUCGCGGGCUACGAUGACUUCAACUGCAACGUGUGGGAUGCUCUCAAGGCCGACAGGGCAGGUGUCUUGGCCGGGCACGACAACCGCGUUAGCUGCCUGGGGGUGACUGACGACGGGAUGGCCGUGGCGACGGGGUCCUGGGAUAGCUUCCUCAAGAUCUGGAACUAACGACAGCAGGCAGACGUCGUGGCGACUGGAAGAUCAUUCCAACCUUGAAGCGUGACAGUGAUAGCAUUUCCAAUCCACCCUACUAACGCGGACGCCCUUCCCCCUCAGAACUUCAAAAGGGCAAGACCUUUUCCUUCACUUAUUGCUGAAACCAAGAGCACAAUUCCCACGAAGAGAAGAAUCUCUGUGCUGUCAACUCAACAAGUCGUGCAUUCCUCCCGGGACCAUGGUCUUUGUUUUCUUUUUUGUCUCAGAUGAAUUUAAAAGGAAAUACUCUAAUAAACGUGCUAACCAGAAGGUAAACCUGAGUGUGAUUGCGAGGCAGACACACCUUUUCACUAGUUCAUUUGAAUUUUAGGUCAGUGACCCCGUUUUGUGCUGUUCAUGCAAAACAAGUUGAGGAUUUUAUCUCGUAAUUGGUUCUGAAUUUCAGGUCGUGUGGUAACAGGAUUUUGCAAACAUUCAUGUUUCCUUUUUGAAAUCGGUUCCUUUCUGUCGGGUAGUUAUACAGAGGGAGAGGGCGUGCCGCGGCCUCUGAAGUUGUUAAUGAUGUAGAUCGCGCCCCUCACUUUUUCGUUUUUGUCUCGUGUCCCACGACCGGCGCGCAAGCACGGCUCAGCAAGGAAGGCGCCAGUAAGGAAAGGCCCCAAGCGCGCGGUGCGGGCGGCCCUGAGUGCGCGAUCAGGCACCUUCUGCCCCCGCCCUCCACCCGCCCUCCUGCCUUCUCCGUUCAGUUCUUAAUCAAACCUUGGGUUUCCUCAUGAAGUCGGAGGGAAGUGGGUAGCGAGAGCCCGACACUACCCCGCGCCCCGCCCCCCCAGCCGUCAGGAACCUCUGUUUUCCAGAGAGGCGCCCGUCCUGUGCUUGGAUAGUCAGUCAAUUAUUUGUGUAUGAAACCAUGUACAAAUCAAUGUUUUGAAAAUAAUGAUCUCAAACUUUCUAAGUUAAAUUUUAAAAAAUUUGAUCGUUUGCCAUAUUGGGUGGGUUUACUCUUAGAAUCGCAUGCUGUAGAAAUGCUCAAAAGCUCAUACAGGACCCAGUCCUUAGAUGUUGUUUUUCUUUUAAGAAAUAACCUCUUGACAGUUGUAACCACUGCGGCUCUGUCCCCUCACUGCUGCUCCGCACCAGCGUCGGAAGCCGGGCGGCUGGCAGCGCUACAUGCUUGGGCAGCGGGAUCAUCACUGUUUCUUUCUUUCUCUUGGGGAAAAAAAAAAAGAAAAAAAAAAGUCCUGUUCCAAAUGAUCACUGUUGGAUUCAGGGGCGGGGGUGGGGGCAGGGACCGGAGACCCUGGCCUUCCUCUGUAACUUCCUCCUGGCCUGUCUCGGCCGUGGAGCCAGCCUUUUGCACCAAUUCUGUAAGGAGGCCGACCGUUCUCGAACACGCAGACCUCCCCGGUCCCGCUGGAGGCCCGUGGCCGGCAGCAGUGUUGGCACGGCAGUGCUGAGGGUGCCUCCCUGCACCCGAGCCCACUUCCCAGCAGCAGUGGUGGCUUCUCUCUGCCCUGUUUCUGCAGCAGCCCGUGGAGAACUGUGCUGUGACGUGCAGCAGGCCUGGGUCUGGCAGAGAGAAUGAGCACGAGCCCGCCCUCCUUUCCAUCCACACCUCUGUAGCGCUCUCUGCACCCUGUGCCCCUCACUGUUUGUAUUUAAUUUUAAAGUCAGUGUAUUGCAAGGAGGCUGGAUGCAAGAUAGAUACUAUAUUAAACUGUACUGUUAUUUAAGAUGUAAUAAAGCAGUUUGACAUGAGGGA